GUCUGUCUUUUAAAUCGUGAUUAGAAAGGAGCACUUAACAGCGUUCUUCUACAACCUUGGUAGCAGUCAGUGGGUGGUUCUCCAGUAGGUGGCGGUGGUGUGCAUUCAACUCUUAAACGUUCAUUGAACGUUGCGCCGAAGAAGAUUAACUGGUGGGAAAUUUGACGUCCCGCGAAUAUGUUGUUUUUAAACUAUUCCGUCUAAACGGGAUGUAGAACUGCGGAGUUUGAAUGAAUACAACACCAUGGAUCGAUACGUAUUGGUUUUAUUGUUUAGUCCGGCUGCUGGUGAAGACUCAGAGGAUGCCGACUAUCUGCAACAACUGAAAGAUCUUUACGAGCAUCUUGUGAAGUUCUCAGAUCAAGAAUCACCGAGAGGGGACUCUGCUCUCCCAGCAUGUUCACUUACUGGUUGUCCAUCAUCUCAGACGUGGCAUUUUGCUGUGCAGGUCUUUCACAGAGGUUCGCAGUUUUGCAGUUCGGAAUGGGAAGAAGUCAGAAGCAAACGAUUGGAAAGCGACAGUGAAGAAGAGAACCCCACCACACUGGAGUCAUGCGCCAGUGCGCUGGCUGGUCAGGACGGCGUGGACGAGCCUGCACAGACGGAGCUGAUUGAAGAGGCGGCUGAAGGCCUUCAUCUUCUCUCAGACAAACUCCCACCACCAGGUAAAGCUCUUGUAGACGUACUGAUGUCGUCCUCUGUGGAGGAGCCGCCUGCAGCGAAUGACCUGCUGCCUCUGCUGGGGGCCCUGAAACACAUGAGCUGCUGGCACUCUGCUAAAAUCAAUAUUGUCACUCCAGAGACAGCAGGGUGGCGAAAGUUGGCGGCCUACCUCGGUGCUAAUAUGGUGGAGCCUGGAAACCUUUGUGAUUGCAUCAACAGCCGUGAUCUGUGGAGAGGAGGUCUACUGGUCCGAGAGAAGAAGUUUGUGUCAGAGCUGUGUUUUGAGGGCUUCUCGCUGAGAUCCCUGUCUCUUUAUUCGCUGCCGACUCUCCUUCUCAAUGACACUGCUCAAGAACGCCAACAUGUGCCUGAGGUCUUUCAUUACUACGCCCCAGUCCUGGACCUGCUCCACAUCAUCAGUCUUCAAGAUCUGCCCCACUACCUGUUGUCCAACACUUUCUUCGAGCUAUGUGUUUUUGAACGGUCUGCAAGGUCCAGACUUCUUCUGGAGCAGCUGAAGUCGCUGCGUGGAAAGGUGGCCGCUCUGUUCAGUCUCUCCUGCACCGUCACUCCUGUCGCUCAGCCGCCAGCCAGCCAACUCAGCGCGCAGCGCUGGAGAGAGACGCUAGCCAAGAAGCCCAAGUCUAUACCCGUCCCUGAAGUGGAAGUCAAAGGUGAGAGCUCGCGCUACUUACUGCUGGUCCAGGGCCUGGACAGCGUUGGGGACGGCGAGCUGUGCCAGGCCAGGAUGCUCUACUCCGAUAGUCAAGUUAAUGGAGCGGCUGCCAUGGCAACAGUCUCUGGGAUGCUGGCAGAGAAGACCAUGUCAGCAGAAGCCGGCACUGCAGGCGACAUCCUCCGCUCUCUGCCCCGUCUCCAAGGAAACGACCUGCUGAGGAGGGAGGCGAAGGUGCUCCAGCUUCAGACAAUGGUGCUUAAGGAUUAUAUAAAAAAGAAAGAAGAGACUUCGUCCUCAACUUCAAUAUCUGUCACUGAGCUGAAGGCCAUCCUGCGUCUGGUCAGGGAGCGGUACUUUGAGAUGGUGGAGUCCACUCAGCCCACAGCUGCCUGCCUCACAGAUGACCAGCAGAGCAUGGAAGCCACGAGCUCAGGUCUGCAGCCCUCUGAGGAGCAGGAGCUUUGGCCAGAGAAAAGCGCCUUGUACAACAUAGAAAACCAGCAGAAGAGACGGCAGAAGCAACGGUUUGGCUUGUUCGGGCCGGGAACCAGUGACAGCCUGCUGGGACCGAAGGAGGGUCAGAAGGCGCCUGCCACUCUGCUGGAUGCCAAGGAACUGCUGAAGCACUUCACGCCGGACGGGAAGCCUGCCGGAGAGCUGAAGCCACUCUCUGUGGCCCGAGGCCCAAACCCGUUUCUGCUGUCCCCUGAUCUGUCUCCGGGCAGAGUUGGUCAGAUGUCCUUCGAGGCUGCUGCUGCCUCCCACUAUCAUGGCAUCGAAUUUUGCCUGGAUAAGCAGCGGGCGCUGGAACGAGACCAGGGCUUUGUCCGUCUUCAGUCGCGCCUGAUUCGCUAUGAAACACAAACAACCUGCUCCAAGGAACCUGCCGCCCUCCCAUUCGCUCUAAGCCCCGCCCCCUCGCCUGCUGUGAUGUUAGAGCCAAGAAGUGUUCCUGAUGGAGAGACGCUCCUGAAUGCUGACGUGGCCCGACUCAAGCUCAGGUCCCGGAACACGGACACAGCUGGGGGUCCGUCGAAGAAGAGGAUGGCAAAGUCGGAGAGCAGCGAUUCUCCCGCUCCUCAGAGCAGCAGCAGGACUAUCAGAAGUCUGAGGCAGCAGCCUGGCAGGUGCCACUCCACCUCAUCCUUAAGCUCCUCCUCCACCACAAGACGGACAUCAUCUGGUUUGGCAAAACCCUCAUCAGCAGACAAGUCAAAAUCCGGUGAUCAGAAGACGAGUGGUGAGCCAUCGGAGGAUAAAACCACAAAGGAAUCUCGCUCUCAGAAACACAACAGGAUGCUGCAGGACGUGGUGGCCAAGACCCUUACGCUCCACGGGAUCGGAGCCGACCACAAGUGCUUCCAGCCCUGCAGCAAGAGGCUGUUUGAUAUCUCCAAGUUCUACCUGAGGGAUCUCAAGACAUCCCGCGGCCUCCAUGACGAGAUGAAGAAAGCGGCCGCCAGCAACGUCAAGCAGGUCAUCGACUGGGUGUUGGAAAAGAGCGCGAAGAAGACGUGACGGCGCUGCAGGAGCUCUCCUUCACCUGCACUCACACUCUGGAUCUCAAUCGCUUCAGUCACUCUGCCUUUUUAGUGUGAAGAUAUUUAAUAAAUGUCUUUUAUUUUGCAAUAAAGUGGACUGCAUUUUACCUCCUGAGCUGUGUGGGUUGAGUUCCGAGGGUCUGUCCCUGGAUCACCCAUCUGAAUGAGGAGACACAGAUCAGACCAGACCUCUUUGACUUUUUCAUUACUUCCUGUGAAUAUUUAUGAUGUCGAUAAGAGCAUCUGCCUGUUUGUAACGCUUUCAUGGAGACAUGUUCAAAGUGUGGUCCUCUGGAGAGUCCAGCUGAGUGAAACAGCUUUCCCUCUGCUGACCUUUGUCUUGGAGUUUGGUGCGCUGCUGCUCCGAACACUGGAGCACGACUCUCCAGGUCAGAGGGAGACUCACUUGCUGGAGCAGAGUGUGAAUGAGCAAAUAAACCGCAUCACUAGUUAACAAGCCAGAACACACUCACACGUGUUGAUCGGUUAUUACAUGAUAAUUGCAUUAAUGAUGCUGGUUUCCCCCCUAGUUUGUGAAGCAGGUCUGUGAGGUCAGGGCUGGUUGAACGAAGUCGCAGCUCAGCUGCAGGUUCCUUCCAUCCGAGCUGGUCUGUGGUGCCAGCCCACCAGGGCCAGGGACCACUGGUGACGCCCACCAAGUCAAGAGUUCCAGAGGUUUCAAGUCUUUCCGGAGUUUCUGCUGACGCGCAGCCCACCAGCCUUCGACCCACCUGUUCAAGACCAGAUCACCCUGUGGAGUUGCUCUGCUCUGUUCUUCGUCUCUCUUCCGUGUCCUCAGUUGCACGUGACACCCAGAGUCCCCGAGUCCCAGAGCUGCAGGAGGAAGUGGAUCCUAGCAAGGUCGUGGGGGCAGCUGCUGAAAUCAAGUGGCCUGGACCUCCCUUUCUGCAGAAACCUCUUCCACUUCUUCAGAACCUUGAGCUGUCGCAGUGCAUUUUGGGACUGAGAGCUGGGAUGGAAUCAGGCACGAGGAAGACCAGUGUGCUGCUAACCAUUGACCCUGUGGACAUCACAGACGUGCAGGAGGUGC